CGGCGGGUGCUAGUGAGAGUCGAAGGGCCGCCGGCGACAGCCCGGGUCCUGCGCCCUCCUCGCUCUGCGCCUCCCAGGCGACGCCCAGGCGUGGCCGGCCAGACUGCCAGCUGCACCGGGGGGGGGGGGGGGCCCUUUCCGUCUUCUCCAGCGUUUGUGUUCUGAUCGUGAAUUUACCCAGGGUCCAGGAUGACGAUCCGACACCAAGGCCAGCAGUACAGGCCGAGAAUGGCAUUUCUACAAAAGAUUGAAGCACUUGUGAAGGAUAUGCAGAACCCGGAGACUGGAGUCAAAAUGCAGAACCAGAGGGUCCUGGUCACCAGUGUCCCUCACGCCAUGACAGGAGUUGAUGUUCUACAGUGGAUCAUUCAGCGGCUGUGGAUUUCUAAUCUGGAGGCACAGAACCUGGGCAACUUCAUUGUUAAGUAUGGCUACAUUUAUCCUCUGCAAGACCCCAAGAAUCUUGUUCUCAAGCCUGACAGCAGCCUCUACCGGUUUCAGACACCAUAUUUCUGGCCCACCCAGCAGUGGCCAGCUGAAGAUACGGAUUACGCCAUCUAUCUAGCCAAGAGAAAUAUCAAGAAGAAAGGGAUUUUAGAAGAAUAUGAAAAGGAAAAUUAUAAUUUCUUGAACAAAAAAAUUAACUACAAAUGGGACUUUGUCAUUAUGCAGGCCAAAGAGCAGUACAGGACUGGGAAAGAAAGGAACAAGGCUGACAGGUAUGCGCUGGAUUGCCAGGAGAAGGCGUACUGGCUAGUGCACCGGUGCCCUCCAGGAAUGAACAACGUGCUGGACUACGGCCUGGACCGUGUGACCGAUCCGAAUGAAGUGAAGGUAAACCAGCUCUCUCUCUCUCCUGUCUGUGCACCGUGGCUGCUUGGAGUAGCAAGACUGAGCCCUGGGGUUCUCAUGUUCCAGACCCCUCUGCAGCUUCAGCCGCCCCCUGCUGUCAGAUCAGAGAAACAAACAAUCCCUGCUGUCAGAAAAGAGAUCAUGUAUUACCAGCAGGCCUUAAUGCGGUCCACUGUGAAGUCUUCGGUGUCCCUCGGAGGGAUCGUCAAGUACAGCGAGCAGUUCUCAUCCAAUGAUGCCAUCAUGUCGGGCUGCCUCCCUAGCAACCCUUGGAUAACAGAUGACACCCAGUUCUGGGACUUAAAUGCCAAAUUGGUGGAGAUCCCAACCAAGAUGCGGGUGGAGCGAUGGGCCUUCAACUUCAGUGAACUGAUCCGCGAUCCUAAGGGUCGGCAGAGCUUCCAGUACUUUCUUAAGAAAGAAUUCAGUGGGGAGAAUUUGGGAUUCUGGGAAGCCUGUGAGGAUCUGAAAUAUGGAGAUCAGUCCAAGGUCAAGGAGAAAGCAGAGGAGAUUUACAAACUGUUCCUGGCCCCAGGGGCGAGGCGGUGGAUAAACAUCGAUGGAAAAACCAUGGAUAUCACAGUGAAGGGGCUGAGGCACCCCCACCGCUAUGUGCUGGACGCAGCCCAAACCCACAUCUACAUGCUCAUGAAGAAGGAUUCUUACGCUCGCUAUUUAAAAUCCCCCAUCUAUAAGGAAAUGCUGGCCAAAGCUAUUGAGCCUCAGGAAACCACCAAGAGAAGCACAAGCCUCCCCUUUAUGCGACGUCACCUGCGCUCCAGCCCAAGCCCUGUCAUCCUGAGGCAGCUGGAAGAGGAAGCCAAAGCUCGAGAAGCAGCCAACACAGUGGACAUCACCCAGACGGGCCAGCACAUGGCUCCCAGUCCCCACCUGGCUGUGUACACCGGGACCUGCGUGCCGCCCUCUCCUUCUGGCCCCUUCUCCCCCUCCUGCCGCUCUCCCCGAAGGCCCUUUGCGUCACCCAGCCGCUUCAUCCGGAGGCCCAGCAGCACCAUCUGUCCCUCACCCAUUCAGGUGGCCCUGGAGAGCUCCUCGGGCUCAGAGCCCAAGGGAGAGGUCAGCUGGUCCAGUGUCCAUCGUGGGCCCCUGGCUACUGAGGGCAGUGAGGCUUCCACCAUCUGCUCCGGGGCUUGUGGCCAGCCCAGGGCCACCACCAAAACCCGUGCAGCCCUGUCCUUCAGCAGGUUCCUGAGACGGGGCUGCCUGGCCUCACCUGUUUUUGCCCGGCUCUCCCCAAAGUGUCCUGCUGUGUCCCAUGGCAAGGUACAGCCCCUGGGAGAUGUGGGCCAGCAGCUGCCAAGACUGAAACCCAAGAGAGUGACCAACUUUUUCCAGAUCAAAAUGGAUGUGCCUACGGACAUCGGGCCCUUCCUGAUGGACUCGGAUGACACAGGGACAGGAGAGUCUGGGGACCGGGACACAGAGAAGGAGGUCAUCUGCCCCUGGGAGAGUCUGGCCUCAGGAAAGGCAGGCUGAUCUGGUGUCCCUGGCCAGGAAGAUGUUCCUGGCAGACACUGCUGGACUGGGCCAGGGGAUGCACUUGCUCCCAAGCCAAAGUGCACUAGGAUGAAGUGGGAGGCUGGUGAGACCAGACAGCACAUGGGGAACAGUGCUCCAGCUGGCUCCCAGUGGCCGCUUCCCUUCCUCUGACUCUCCUUUGCUUGGCCAGAGAGGCAUGUGGACCUGAAGGCCCUUGCUGCCUUAAAACCAAUAAAAGAGUGAACUGA